GCGUCACCCCAAGAGCAUCGGAGCAGAAGCCAUGGGGAGGCUGGGGAUGUGACAGAGCACCCCGGUGCCGGAAGCCUGGUGAGGGCUGAUUUUUGGAGCUUUUUCAAAGGCAGGCUGAAGGGUGCAACAUGAGCCUGGGGAAGCUGCCGGUGCUGAGCUGGGUGUCAGGCUCCCACGGCAAGCGGCGGCUGAAGUCGGAGCUGACGCCGGACAUGAUCAGCCCGCCGCUGGGCGACUUCCGGCACACCAUGCACGUGGGGCGCGGCGGCGACGUCUUCGGGGACACCUCCUUCCUCAGCAACCACGGUGGGGCUGACGCCGCCAAGCCCAACAGCUUCCUGGCGCGGACGCUGCGGCACGUGCGCCGCAGCCCGCUGAAGAGACGGGGCAGCGGGGGCCAGGUGGGCGCCUCGCCCGCGCCCCCCGCCGUCUCGCCCAUCAUCAAGAACGCCGUCUCGCUGCCGCAGCUCAACGAGGCCAUGUAUGAUGGAGACAGCACCAGCAGGGGCUUGACCAGCAAGUUCUCCUUCAAAAGUGCCUCCAACAGCUUCUCCAAAACACACCAGGCCUACGGUCUGGAGUCCGGAUUUUGUACCAUCCCUCGUGUCCCUCGUUUGGAAAAGGCCCAAGAGAGCACCUGUCCUGGGGAGGACGAGCUGGAUCGCUCCGACUCCCUGCUGUCCUUCCGCCUCGACCUGGGGCCCUCCCUGAUGAGCGAGCUCCUCCAGGUGAUGAGCUUCUCUGAAACCAAUGGCAACGAGGUGGGGGAGGAUGGCCCACACCUCCUGUGUGAAGAGGGGACCAAGGACAGGGUCCCUCCAGCAGUGCCUGCAUCCCAUGAAGAGGACAAGGCAGCAUCCAGCUUCUGGGACCACUCCAGGCAGAGCAACGUGUCAGGGGCCAGCUCACUGCCCGGCCUGUCGGUCCAUGCCAACGGAGAGGCACGUGCCAUCGAAGGCGCUGGAGCGAACUCUGUCUGGGCUUCGGGGCCAGGGCCAGUGUCCACAGGGUCCCCGUGGCAGGGCCACUGGAACGACUGCACCAUUGAGGCUGGAGAAUUUGACCGAGCAGCCCAGGUCCUGGCCCGCCAUUACGGUGGGACCAGCACCCCGCGGAGCCCGGAGAAGGGUGAGGGUCCCCGGCAGGCCCGGACACAGACCCCGUGGGAGAGCCCCAGCAGCAGCAGCCUGUGGGGGUCACGAGUGACAAGGGAGAGCCACUCCCCCGAGGCCAGCUGGAACCAAGGAGAGGAGGAGGAGGACGAGACCAAGCUCUCCAGCCUGCAGGAAAGCCACAGCGGUGCCCGAGGGGGCCGCAGCAAUUCCUUCGAGUAUGCCGAUGCGGAGGAGGAAGAGGACGAUGAAGUCAAGGUGUGAACAGCCAUCCCGCCCAUCACAGGCCCCAGCAGAGACACUGGUGCCAAUGUCUUUGCCCUCCUCCCUGUGCCCCACCCGCCGGUGCCGGUGUCACC